AUGGAGAAGCUUCAGCUCAACAGCUCCAUGUAUCUCGCUACCAAUCUACGUAUCUACGUGCUUCUGCACGUGAAAGACAAGGACGAGGACGCAAAGGGACACAACGAGUCUGAGCACACGGAGGCAAAAUACAACAACGGCAUCUCUUGCGGCCGCCGCUUCUUGCCGCCGCGCCUUGCGGCCGCCGUGUCUUGCAGCCAAUCGGAAAAAUCGGGGAUCAUCCGCCGCCGCAAGAGGCGUCUCUUGCAGCGGCGGCAUCUCUUGCGGCCGCCGCGUCUUACCGCCGCCGCGUCUCUUGCAGCGGCGGCGGCGUCUCUUGCGGCAGCGUGGCGGCAGCAUCUCUUGCGGCAGCGGCAAGACGCGGCGGCGGCAAGACGCGGCGGCGGCAAGACGCGGCGGCGGCAAGACGCGGCGGCCGCAAGAGUUGCCGCCUCUUGCGGCGGCGGCAUCUCUUGCGGCCGCCUCUUCUUGCCGCCGCUUCUUGCCGCCGCGUCUUGCGGCCGCCACGUCUCUUGCGGCGGCGGCGUCUCUUGCGGCAGCGGCAAGACGCGCGGCGGCAAGAUGCGGCGGCCGAAAGACGCGGCAGCCGCAAGAGAUGCCGCCGCCGUAUCUUCAUCUCUGUUCUGCUUGCAGGAAAACAAAUAUCCGUUAACCAGCAAACCCACCGGUCUCUGUUUGAUCAUUAACAACGAGAACUUCCAGGAUGGAACUAAUAGAAGAGGAACAGAGAAGGACGCUGGAAGCCUGGCCACCGUGGUCAGCUGGCUUGGCUUCCAGGUGCUGAUGUGUAUGGACAAAACGGCGAGCGACAUGGCCCAGGUCACGAAGCUGCUAGCGGACCUGAAGGACUUGCCGGGGCUGCAGAAGUGCAAGCCGGAGGAGUGGUCCGACGGCAGGUCCACCCCACUGAGCGUGCUCCCCCAGCACGGCGACGCCUUCGUCUGCUGCGUCCUGAGUCACGGCGCAGAGAAGGUAGUCUUGGGCGUCGACCGCAAGCCGCUGCCCAUCAGCGACAUCACCUGGGCUUUCAACAAAGAACACUGCCCGGCUCUGCUAGGGAAGCCGAAGAUGUUCUUCAUCCAGGCCUGCCAGGGACAUCGUCUCCAGACGGGAUUGGUGAUGGAUGACCACCCUCUAGAGUGUGACGCUAUCGAUCUUGGGAGGCCCAAAGUGGAGGACGGUCUCCGAGUGGUCUCGAUCCCGGGGGAGGCUGAUAUCCUGGUUGCCGUGGCCACGGUUGAGAAGUUCCAAGUGGUCAGACACAGAGAAAAUGGCAGCUGGUUCAUCCAGUCUCUGUGUGAGCAGCUCAGGGAGGGAUGCCCCAGGGGUGAAGAUAUCAUGCUGAUCCUCCGCCGUGUAAUCGAUGACGUAAACAAGAAAGAGGUCCUUCUAACGAACGGUGUGUCGAUGAAGCAGACGCCUGAAGUAAAAAUAUGGACCCUGCGCCAUGGACUCGUGUUCUCGCCGUCUUCCAGCUGGGAAUACAAAACAAGGGUGGCCAAUGUAUCUUCUGCACAUUAG